UCAAAACAAACCGAAAAUCUGAAGCCAGCUAAUAGCUAGCUAAAGCCAGUAAAACGACACUGAAAGUAUUUUGAAAGCUUUCUAAUUCAACAGAGAAACAAAAAAAAAACGUUAUGUAAGUCAGAUGUUGAUCCGUCUUCAAUAAAAUAUCCGUUACUUUGAACAUUUUGCUAAUAUCUUAGCUAGCUGUAGAAAAUGCCUUACUGGAUCUGCUGUAACUCCUGCUUCAACCUCCCUGGUCCUGACUGCCAACUAGCUGUUGCCAGCUGUGGUCAUCUCAUCUGCAACGUGUGUUUUCAGAAAGGCAAACAAGGGGAAUGCAUGAUAUGUAAAGCAAAAUGUCAAGUUACUCCUCUCUCAGACAAAAGUAGUGCAGAAGUGAAGGCCCUCUUCUCUGACAUCAAUUCUGUUGCAACCAAACACUUCACAGAGAUAAGCAAGGUGUUACUAUUCCAGGCAAGGCACCAAAAGAGGCUGUUGGUGCAUUACCAGAAGAGGAAUGAAAAGUUAGAAGACGUUUUACUCAAGAUGAAGCAAGAAAUUCAGCAAAUGUCCAAAAAAAUUACUGCGCAGGAUGCAUAUAUUGCCAAGCUGGAGAACACUCUUCAGCAUCAAAGGUACCGUCUUAGAUCGAUCGACCAAUCAGAACACCCUGGUCAACCACUCAGCCAUCUGGCAGAGAUGCAAAUGACCGCUAACCUGCCUUAUCGUAGGGACACAGGGUGGGAGACGGCCAUAUUCAAGCCCCCGUCGGCCUACGGACACCCCUUCAUGUCCUCCCUGUCCAUGUCCUCUCUGGGGGCCACCUGCCCUCCACCAUAACACCGCCAAGCGCCAGCCAUCAUGAUGGCACAUGGAGACAUCUCUGAUCCACUUCAAUGCUCUGCACGACUGACUUAGCUGUAGUAUCAAGUCACUUGGUAAUGGUUGAACUCUUCACUGUGGAGAGAUGAGCUGUGGAAUAGGAAUUAUUGGUCUGAAAUUGAAUCCACUACACAGGGUUAAGAAGAGGUUUGAAGCUGUUGGGUGUGUUUGUACUGUUGCGUGUACAUUGUCAUUUUAAUGGCUACAUACAGUAUUAUUUCAUUGGUUCAAUGAAGUUUGUCACAAUAACAAAUACAUUUUUUUAAACAAAACAAUCAAAUGGAUCUCUCAGUAAUGAAUUGGCCAGUAAGACACUGAAAUCACAAAAUCUGUACUGUAACUACUGAGUCAUCAAUCAUUAACAAACUACUCAUCUGAUUGGCAUGUUUAGAGGUUGUGAUUUGCAAUAUAAUUUGCUGACAAAAAGUUAUGCUCCCUAUCCUUUCAAUGCAUUUGUCCACAAAAGUUAGGUAAACUGGCAAGCAAAAAAAAUAUGGGUAAAAUGUGUUUACCCUACACUACUGUUCAGGCUCAGUUGCCUUACCAGCUACCUGUGAUGUGAACCAGUGGCCAGUGGGUGACACUAUAAUCCCCUAUGCUACCAUGGACUCUGAUUUCAACACUUUUCUUUAGGGGAGAAUUUGAAUACAACUUUUGGGGAUAAGGAUCUACAUUGUGGAUUUGUUGUAUUUGGAAGAAUAUAUAUUGCCUCUAGGGUGGUCUAUGAGUAAAAAGAGGAGCAGGUAAAGGGUGGGGUGGUUGUGGCGGGCCCACUCAUGUUCUGUUAGUCACACACUCACACAGAUGUCCCGCAUGUGAAGGGCCUUUGAAGGCCCUGACUCCAUCCCAUGCUUGAGUGAUGUCAGCGGGGCUGUGGAAAGAUUCCUUUCCUGUCAGGCAGCUUGGCAGGAUGUUUGAAGAAAGGCCGAAAGACAACACCGAGAUUAGGCCGCUUUUGUCACGGCUCCGUGGCAGACUUUAAAGGCCUUUUGGCUACUUUCCCAUCACACAGAUUUCUUUUCUCACUCUGCAUCCCUCUCUUUUCACCAGCAAGGUAAAUAUUUGGGUAAACCACGACCUCUUUAGCUUUUUUGUGUGUUUUUUAUUUUCCCGGUUUUAAAUGAUAGCUUUGUUGAUGUGUAGGCCAUUCUGAAUGUCAUUGUGAAAAGAAGGAGGUAUGCAAACAGAGGGGUUUAUUCUCUGCCAGGUAUUCACAGGUGUGUCCUUCAUGGAUGCAGACUUCAUUCACCUGAUGCUUCCUUUCAGUGAGGACCAGUAAAGACCUCUGGACACUUUUUCAUCACCACAAUACAAUUGGUAUUUGCACAAGUGCACAGGAAUCUGGUACAUGGGUUCACACACUUUAUUCAGCACAUUUGAUUGUUAAAGAUUUUAAUCAAAGCAUGUCCACCAUCAGUAUCAAAAUAUAUUAGUGAUUUGGUUUUAAAGCGACAUAAUGUCACUGAUUGUUCCAGAAUGAGACAAUUCUCAUUCUCCUCCUCUUCACUCUGUCGACCUCAUUGACCAGCUGUGAACUCAACACCAAUGUCUUUCAACAGCACAGGUCUGCCUGAAUCAUCCUGCUGAGAGCUUCUCAAAUCUGAGUCCGUACGUAAGACUUGUUCAUCUAUCAUCUAGAACAAAAAUACUGACAGACAGCUAGAUUAACUGUUGCUCUGACUACCCCAUCUUUUAACAGCAAAAAUGCAUUUUAAAUAGUACAUUCAAGUUUUCAAUGACCUCGGUUUCAUUUACAUUUACAUUUAAGUCAUUUAGCAGACGCUCUUAUCCAGAGCGACUUACAAAUUGGUGCAUUCACCUUAUGACAUCCAGUGGAACAGCCACUUUACAA